CAGAUUUCCAGCAAUUCUUUUGAGCCAAAUUUAGUAUAAAAUUAAUGCCAGGAUGACUGGCAAUUUACCUCCAUACCAACAACGGAAUCCUGUUAGUGAUGUCCUGCAGCAAAUUCAUAGACUCAAUCCAAUGGGAGGCCUGAUGGGAAGAGGGAGCAGUGGCUACAACCCUUCUAACUCGGGCUCAUCAAUUUUGGGCCCAUUAAAUACAAACUUUACCGGCACCAACAGUGGCGGUGGGGGUUUUGGGGGUGGAAACUUCCCCACAAGCGCCUCAGAGACUGCACCCUCCCCUUUAGACUUAUCUGAAUUCCCCUCCUUGAGUCGUAGUAGUGGAGUGGUGGGAGACUCCAUGACAGUUGGGGGCACUCAUGGUGGGGGACGCACAUCUUAUGGUAGUUUGGGGCAUGGCUGGGGUGGCAUGGUGAAGCAGCCAGUUUCAGAGCCCUCCGAGUUUACUAUGAGUAGUGAAGAUUUUCCUGCCUUACCAGGGUCACAUAUGAGCAAAGCUAAACAACAACACAGCGAGGCAUUUGGAGGCGACAGCAAAAAGUCAGGUGGUGCCAGCAACAGCGGGGGUGCUGCUACUGCAGGGUCUGGGGGAGCUGGUGGCAACAGCAAUGCCGUCUCCUCAAGUAGUUCCUUAAACAUCACUUCUGCAGGAGGCUCAGACAUGGGUGCCGGUGACGGCCGAGGGUCAGCUGGCGUAGGCGACAAGAACAGCCAGUCUAAACGAGGCAUACAAACCUGUCCUGACGGUUGGUGCUCCUACUGCUUCUGCUUCCUGAGUCUGCUUCCUGCCCCUGCUUCCUGCCUCUGCUUCCUGCCUCUGCUUCCUGCCUCUNAGAUCAGGCCAGAUCAGGUGACAGUGUGGCGUGUUAACCAGCAGAUCAGCAUGUACGGCAGAGCUGGUAAGCUGGCGCCCAUCCAGUUCGAGCGGUACGGAGAAGACCUUCUCUUCUACAUGUUCUACUCCAAUGCCGGCGACGUCUGGCAACUUAUGGCUGCUGCUGAACUCUACAACCGCGACUGGAGGUACCACAAGGAGGAGCGCGUGUGGCUGACGCGCGCGCCUGGGAUGCCGCCCGUCGAGAAGGCGCACGCGUACGAACGCGGCACCUACUUCUACUUCGACGUGACGAACUGGCGGAAGGUGCCCAAAGAAUUCCACCUCGAAUAUGACAAGCUCGACAACCAACCCAUGACCAUCCCGCCUCUGCAGCAGAAGCAGCACCAGCAGCAGCAGCACCUUCAGCAGCAGCACAAUCUCCAUCCUCCCACCUCGGCACUAGCGUAGCAGCAUUAGUCUCACUAGCUGUUCGUGCAAUUACCGGUGACUUCGACGUGGUGGUGGAAGAAGAACGAGGGGAAGUGGAGGAGGAAGAGGGGAAGUGG